AUGUCCUUCUACUUCUCGGACACGGCAGUGCUGCUCUUUGACUUCUGGAGCGUCCACAGCCCCACAGGGAUGGCUCUCUCGGUGCUGGUGAUCCUGCUGCUCUCCAUGCUUUACGAAGCCGUCAAGAUGGGCAAAGCCGUGCUGCUGCGGCGGACACUGCUGGCUC